GGAGGGGGCCCCGGCGGAUAAAGAUGGCAAUGUCUCUCAUCCAAGCGUGCCGCAGCCUGGCUCUCUCAACAUGGCUGCUUUCCUUUUGUUUCGUGCAUCUGCUCUGCCUGGACUUCACCGUGGCCGAGAAGGAAGAAUGGUACACCGCCUUCGUGAACAUCACCUACGCCGAGCCCGCGCCGGACCCCGGGGCCGGGGCGGCGGGCGGCGGCGGCGGCGGCACCACCGCCGAGCUGCACACCGAGAAGACCGAGUGCGGGCGCUACGGGGAGCACUCGCCCAAGCAGGACGCCCGCGGGGAGGUGGUCAUGGCCAGCUCGGCCCACGACCGCCUGGCCUGCGACCCCAACACCAAGUUCGCCUCCCCGGCGCACGGCAAGAACUGGAUAGCCCUCAUCCCCAAGGGCAACUGCACGUACAGGGAUAAGAUCCGGAACGCGUUCCUGCAGAACGCCUCCGCCGUGGUCAUCUUCAACGUGGGCUCCAACAACAACGAGACCAUCACCAUGUCCCACGCAGGUGUAGAAGACAUCGUGGCAAUAAUGAUUCCUGAGCCCAAAGGGAAGGAGAUAGUAAGCCUGCUGGAGAGAAACAUCACCGUGACGAUGUACAUCACCAUCGGAACCCGGAACUUGCAGAAAUACGUGAGCCGCACCUCGGUUGUGUUUGUCUCCAUCUCCUUCAUCGUCUUGAUGAUCAUUUCCCUCGCCUGGCUGGUCUUCUAUUAUAUCCAGAGGUUUCGAUAUGCAAAUGCCAGGGACAGGAACCAGCGCCGACUGGGAGAUGCAGCAAAGAAAGCAAUCAGCAAGCUCCAGGUCAGGACCAUCAAGAAGGGUGACAAGGAAACCGAGCCUGAUUUUGACAACUGUGCAGUUUGUAUUGAAGGGUACAAGCCCAACGAUGUGGUCCGGAUCUUGCCCUGCCGGCAUCUUUUCCACAAGUCCUGUGUUGACCCCUGGCUCCUAGACCAUCGCACCUGUCCCAUGUGCAAGAUGAACAUUCUUAAAGCCCUAGGGAUCCCGCCCAAUGCCGACUGCAUGGACGACUUGCCCACUGACUUCGAGGGAUCUCUGGGAGGUCCGUCAACCAACCAGAUCACCGGCGCAAGCGACACAACCGUAAAUGAAAGCUCAGUCACUUUGGACCCUGCUGUCCGGACCGUGGGAGCCUUGCAGGUGGUCCAGGAUACAGAUCCCACCCCGCAGGAGGGAGAAAUCAUCUUCACCACCAACAGUGAGCAGGAACCAGCUAUAAGCAGUGAUUCUGACAUCUCGCUGAUCAUGGCAAUGGAGGUUGGACUGUCUGAUGUAGAACUUUCCACCGACCAAGACUGCGAAGAGGUGAAAUCUUGAAAUGGCGAAUAUAGGAAAAAGGGAUGAUAGGACCCAAGGGGAAGGAAGGGAGGAGUGCCCCAAGACUGGACCAGGCACAUGCACCUCCAGACCACCUUGGCAACUCCAGGGCACUCCACACAAGAAUGGUACCGAAAAGCAAUACCCAAAGUCACGUUCAUCAGGAUGCAGUUUCUCCGUCUCUACAACAGCUCAUGGCCUCGGCACCUUUGACGUCGAAAGCUGAUUUUCUCUCCCAUGUCCUUGUAGGCACACACUUCUGAAGUUCCUCAAACAGACUGAAAAGACACUCUUAGGGCUUCUUAGUUUCAUUUCAGUUUCUUGUUUUCCUAUUUGGGGAAUGUUGUUGAUUUCUUUGACGCUUUCUUUUUAAGGACUAUGUGUAGUUUAAGUUCACUCUUUUGUUUUUCCUUUGAUUCACUCCAGCUUUUGUACAGAGUUCUGUUCAGAAGCCUCAGUUCCUGCUAUGACCAGUUUGUAUUCCAUCUCUGAGAUUAAUGGCCUUGACCUCUCAGCAUGAAGUGUGCAUGGCUUUAGGAAGUGCCUCAGCACCUUGAAACAGUCUAAGGCCAGCUUUCGUUUAGAAUCUGAAUUCUUUUAAGUGGAUCUUGGAAAUGCCAGCUGCCAGAGACCCCAACACCAAGCUCUGAAUCUGCUGAGGCCACUGCUCAUUUUUUUUAGCUCCACACGCUGGCUUCCACUUGCCAGGCUCUGUUGAGGACCCACGUGACUUGAGAAGGAAGCUCUAGGGAGGCAUUUCAAUCCAUCUGAUUCUUAACAGUCUGGCUGAAAUUCUGAACUCACAAGUUCCCACUAGGGCAUUAGCGCCAUUCUCUGUGGCUGUAGGGCUUGUCCGUCACUGGGACUGCAAGCCUAGUUUUCAAACCAGAUACCAUAUACUCUUCCCGAAAGCAAAAUGUCUGUUUCCCCAAGGCUACAGCAGUCUUUUGUUACCUCCACAAAUGCGUUCUGCAGGAGAUGGAAGCUUUAGAAAAGAUCCAGUCAUCUUUGGAUCCAACACAGUGAGGGCUGCAGUAGCAUCUACGUCUUACCUUAAUUCCAAUAUGCUUCUGUUCAACCUUGUCAGACCUCGAGGGAGGAUUUAGGUAAAUCCUUAAGAAAUUGCUUCCCAGGGCUCCCCUGACUGCGUCUAGAUACCAAGUGAGGAGGGAGGUGUGAUUUGAUAAACCAUUUGAUCUAAAAAGUACAGCAUGGGAAUUGUUGAUGUCAAGUUUCUCCUGACUGAGAGAGACAAAAAGGGAAAGGAAACGAGGUAUCAAAGUGAAUUCUAAAAAUCCACCGGUGUUUUUGUUUGUUUGUUUGUUUGCGGUACGCCAGCCUCUCACUGUUGUGGCCUCUCCCGCUGCGGAGCACAGGCUCCGGACGCUCAGGCUCAGCGGCCAUGGCUCACAAGCCUAGCUGCUCCGCGGCAUGUGGGAUCCUCCCGGACCGGGGCACGAACCCACGUCCCCUGCAUCGGCAGGUGGACUCUCAACCACUGCGCCACCAGGGAAGCCCCCCCACCGGUGUUUUUAAACUGUUUGUUUUCAUUCUUUUUUUGACAGAGGUGUGCUAUUUUUUUCACUGGGCAGUUUUGUAAUACAUUGAGACUCUCCAGGUGCAGGGAUGACUAAGGCAGCGUGAAUAGCUUCUCUGGACCACCUCGAUAUCCGCGAAAGGCCAUGCUGCUGCGUGGGUUACCUGGGAGAGAAAGCUUCUCUCACUGAGUUAUUUAUGUAUGUGAUGAGGCCCUUCUUCUCGCUACAUGCAUACUCAUGCAAAAACAGAGUUUCGUUCUGCUGUAAGAGCUUGCUGCCUGCUGGAACACGGUGUAUGUGUCAAGGGAGACCCCUGGCUGCUCUUUUUUCACCACCUUGAACAAUUUCCUAUUUGACGCUUUCUAAGUAGGCAGCAAAGCAAGGAAAAGGAUCACCACCUUCACAAAUGUCACCUCUCUCUAGGAGUCCAACACUUGCAGUGAUGAAAUCCAGGGUCUCCAGGCAGGGAGACACGAAGGCAGUGCCAAAUCAGGAGUCAGGAGGCAUAGACGAGCAGCGUGCGUGCUGGGCCUCGGCUUCUCCAUCUGUAAGUGAAUGAGAUUAACAAGAUGAUGCCCAAGCCUCUUUCUGGUCUUAGGACCACUAAUGAGCAUUUUGCCGGGGGAUGCUUUUUGUUUGUUUGUUUUGCAGGCCUCUCACUGUUGUGGCCUCUCCCGUUGCAGAGCACAGGCUCGGGACGCGCAGGCUCAGCGGCCAUGGCUCACGGGCCCAGCCGCUCCGUGGCAUGUGGGAUCUUCCCGGACCGGGGCACAAACCCGCGUCCCCUGCAUCAGCAGGCGGACUCUCAGCCACUGCGUCACCAGGGAAGCCCCGGGGGAUCCAUUUUUGACAGAGAGCUAUGACAUAUAGCAGACUUUCUACCUUGGGGAGGCACAGUUACUUGACGUGUAACAUAUAACAGCUUCUGGGAUUUGGCACUCUGGCGUGGCCGAGGCUAUCUAAAUGACUGAAUUUUAAGUGCAAGUAGGAGUUGCUUUGUUUUGCCUUGUUUUAAAAACCACACUUAGGGCUUCCCUGGUGGCUCAGUGGUUAAGAAUCCGCCUGCCAAUGCAGGGGACACGGGUUUGAGCCCUGGUCCAAGAAGAUCCCACGUGCCGCAGAGCAACUAAGCCCGUGCACCACAACUACUGAGCCUGUGCGCUAGAGCCUGCGAGCCACAACUACCGAAGCCCGUGUGCCACAACUACUGAAGCCUGUGCACCUAGAGCCCAUGCUCCGCAACAAGAGAAGCCACUGCAGUGAGAAGCCCGUGCACCACAACGAAGAGUAGCCCCUGCUCGCCGCAACUAGAGAAAAGCCCGCGCGCAGCAACGAUGACCCAACGCAGCCAAACAAAAUAAAAACAAAAACCACACUUAGUCACAGAGUUUGCAGUCUCUGGAUACUUUCAAAUCCUCGUUCUCAGUGUGGAAUUCUUCGUCUCCAGGUAUUUCUUUUUCCUGGUCAGCGGCCUGCACCGCCGACCUCUCCUUCAGUCAGCUUUGCCCAAAACAAAUUUUGGUAUUAAGUCAAGGGGAAUUAGAAGGACAAUUCAACAGCAAAGGAAAUAUAAAUUGUAUUCCAUGCCCAGAGAGAAGCUGCCUUUUGGAUUGAUGGGUGUUCUCUCUUCCUGCCAGCGACCAGGUAGAUCAGGAAUUGGGUGCUUAUGUGCGCUGUGGCCCAGCAGCCCCUAUAAGAUGCUGCAUAGGGGAUGAGGGGCCCAGCCGGCCAAUCUGAGGCCUGUGGACCUGACCCCAAGGAGGUUCUGCUGCAAACUCGCUGAGCCUAGAAGUUUCUCCUUUACCGAAGGUUUGUUUCUGAAGAAUUUUCUUAUGGCUUUGGUAGUUUUAAACAAACAACAAAAAAAAAGGUUAACUGGCAUGGGACGUGUUCAAAAAAAAAAAAAAAAAUGGAAACAAUCCUUCCUCCACAGCCUGCUUCACCUCCUCCCCAACGAAGAAGAAACUCUGACCUGGGGCCCCCGGUAGCUCAAAGAGUAUCAAAGGGUGUGGGAACCUUCUAGAGGUGUAUGAAGACUCGAUGUGUAUUUUUCUUUAGUGUCUAGACCAGCACUGUUCAACAGAAAUAUAGUACACGUCCCACAUGUAAUUUUCUACUGGCCACAUUUUUAAAAAGCAAAAGGAAACAGGUAAAAGUAAUUUUAAUAAUAUCCUUCUUUAAGCCAAUAUUAUUGUUUUGACACGUAAUUAGUGUAAAAAGUAUUCACGAAAUACCUGACGUUCUUUUUCCGUACUAAAUCUUCUAAGGGCAGUGUAUGCUUUACACUCACACACCUCUCCGUUCGGACUGGCCAUUUCUCCAGCUGUCAGCCGCAUCACAUGGCUCGUGGCCACCUUGGACAGCGCAGGGCUAGAGCUUCUCCAACAUUCUCACAAGAUUCCCUGACCCUCACAGAGUAAAAAGGUUAAAACCUAAUUACCUCCAGAAAGAACUGGACUCCUCCACCCAGGCCACCUACUGAGAGGCCCAGAGAUCCAUUUGUUUUCUAAUGAGUAAAUAUGCGGACCAUCCUUUUUGAAAUUUUUGCUGCAUCUUUCUAACCACACCACUGAUGUCCAUGACCGUUUUCUGUUGCUUCCUUGACCAGUUGUUUUUUAAAAAGUCACACAAAGCAUGUUGAUUUGGUGCUGAGACAAAAUUUUAUCCUUCACUUCCGCCCUUGGACUGAUGUGUGGCAGUCAGGAUCCAAAGAGAAAUCCAGACUCUAGUCAUCUAACUUUACCUCAACCCCUGGUCCGCCUUCUUCCUGAUUGGCAGAAGGUCUUUUCCUGGUCCCAGGACCCCAUAGUCCCACCACUAUAGCUAAAAUGCCUGGAUUUGGGAGGAAAAAAUGGGAAGGUACAUACUGACUCCAAAUACAAGACUUUGUGUGUAGCCUUCUCAAUAGAGAAGAAGUCUUUGGGGCUUGUGACCGUCUGGUGCCAAGUUGGUGAAUUAUGACCACCUGCAACUCAGAAGCCAUGUCUCAACUUGGAAGUAAGCAUUCCCCUUAGACCCCAAGGCUGUGGGCAAGAAAAGGAGCAUCUCCAUUCCCUCAGAAUAACUGAGAGUCCCCCCUAGGAAUUGCUACGUCCUAUGUGGCCAGUCCCUUUGGGAAGAACUGAGCCCUGAUCACGAAUAGAGCAUAGGAAUAUUGAUUUCAUCUCUAGGGUUUGGUCACUACUAAAAUGUCAACUCCAUCAUCUAGGCAGGGAGUGGUGGAGAGUUUGGAGAAGGUAGAAAGUUAGAAGUAGCAAAGGCACCUACCUUUUCUGACAUCACUUAGUAAUGAUCACGACCAUGGUGUCAAACCUUCAUCCAAAGAGGUUUUUGUUUGUUUUGUUUUGUUUCGAGCGUUUUCCUCAUUCCGAUGGAAACAUCCUGGAUGUUCCUGGGUCUGGAUUUGGUCAUAUCAAACCAUGGUACCCAGUGGCUAGUAGAGUUAGUGCGCUGACAUCCCUGAAGCUGCCAUCCUUUCAGAACCAAAAAUGAUGACAGAUAGCCUAUCUUGGGACUCUUUUAUUCGCAUCAUGUUCAUCACGUUUAGAUGAAAAUUCUUGCAGAGCAUAAAAAAUAAAUGGCAUUUAAUUGUCCACUGAAUGCAUCACCUUGACCAAAAACAAAGAAACCUCAUUAAAUCAAAACCCUUUCAGAAAACCUGAGAUAGAGUCACAGCCUCUGAGGGGGGGAGGACCCAGCACCCACCCCCUGAUACUAGAUAGAGCCCCUGAGUCCACUUCUGGUAGCGUUUUUUUAAUAGACUCCCACUUAGAUUUCUUGCCCUUUUUUGUCUGGGUGUGUCUCUCUCUAUCUCUGGAUCUCUCUGCCUGUCUCUUUCUUUGUGCACACACCCACACACACAUCCUUUUCUUCCCAUCUUUCAGGACAAAAAAAACCACCUUAGCAGCUCUGGAUCUAUAGGGUUGUCACUAUUUUGAUUAUCAUUGUUCCUGUUGGCGAUUUUUAAUGUGUGGCAGUAUCUAUCUUUUCACUUCUGAUGAGGAAAACCAGUUGACUACAAAGGCAAAUUAACUUCCUCUGUAAUGGGGUCUGCCUCAUUUUCACUUCUCAUAUCACUAAUUUUAUCACAAAUCUAGCUAUUGCCUUUUUUUUUUUUUAAAGGGUUCCUUGCCAGAAAAGUCUCUGAGGUAAAUAAUGGCAAGGUAACAAUUCCAGAAUGCUGUCUAAUCUCUUAUCUUCCACCUCUAGCAUUUGUGACCUUCUGAGUUCACCACAGGCCCUCCCACCACAGGGUUAGGAUUUCUUGGAAAAACAUGUGGGCUGUACCGUAUCCGAUGUCCACUCCUGCUUCUUAGCGUCUUGGCACGAGAGUUUGCUCUUUGUAAGUGAUCUGAGAGGCCACUUCUUCCUUAAGACUGAAAAAGAGGCCAAAAAAAAAAAAAAAAAAAACCCAUUCCCCUAAAGUGACAGACACACAGAUUCUUGUGCAGUGAGUGCCCCGCAGUCACAGAAGUCCCUCCUCUGUGCUAUUUGCAUGGCCGGGACUGAAAAGUACAUUUGAUGAUGGCAAUUAAAAGGUGGUGGGAAUACUUACCCGCAGGUAGUCAGAAAAGAGGAUGGAAGGGUAUGAACGUGGAUGCUCUUCCCGAAUCCACGAGCAUCCCCUAGCUUUAGAGAUGACCUGUUUGGGGGAAUGUGUACAUCUUAAGGAGUUUAACGCUCUCCUGAUUGCAAACAAGGUUGGGAUUACCUGAAAAAUAAAUUAAUUCUGAGAAGCAGGUGUGAGUUUCUCAUCACUUACCUCUUCCCUUUCCCUGAUCCCCUCCCCAUCUCACAACUCCAGGACCUUUGUAAUAGGAAUGAUAAUUUAUAAAGACCCAUAGGUCAAUAGAUCAGUAGCCGUGCUCUCCCCUUUGAGCCUUUCAAUGGCACUAAAUUAACCAUCCCAAAACUCAAGCAGUGAUUCCAGAUCCUGGACGUAGACCCUUAAUUAUCAAGCCCUGUAAUUGCAAAACCUGCUCAUUCUACAGAGAAGCUGCUGAGGUCAUUUACAUCUCUCUUUACAUACUCUGAAUGUUGCCUGCCUUGCAUGCUUCAUGAUCAAGUGGCUUCUUCAGGAACCUCCAUGAUCAAAGACCUCCUCAUCCUUGUGCUACUGCUAACAUUUGUACUUACUACCGAGCUAUUCUCUCUCUGGCCACCUGAUAAAUAUUUGUUAAGGAUAAUGAUAAGGCAGGAAUAUACAUCUCUUCAGAGGUUCUGCCGGUCUGAACAGAGUGAGGGAGAAAAAUCUGUGGGGAAGGUAGCUCAACCUGAGUUACCUAAAGUCAUUGCUUGACAGAAUGUCUGUGGUCUUGUCAUCCUUACUGAAGUGAAGGGCUUGGAGAAGCAGGAAAAACGUGGGGACCAUGUGUACUCUAUAAACCAAAGACCAGUCACCAUCCAAAUGGACACAUGUUUCUUCCAGUGACGAGUUUAAUUUUCUCACAAUGUGCUCAUAAAUAAAAGUGAAGGUGGUUUGCUUGGUCGAAUGAAACUGUGAGACGGGGUUUUCUCUUGCGGGCUUGUGAUUGACCUUACUAAAUCCAGAAAUAUAAAAAAAUGUAUCAUGGCCUUAGUACCGCACCAUCUUGCAAGUCUAAUGCUUAGUCCCCUUUUCCCUCAAAAGUUUCAGACAAGUCGAGCGCUUUAUUGAACUCAGAAUAUUGUUCUCUUUGAGAAUGUGAAGAUUUUAAAUAGCCAAAGAAUUUUCAUAUAUAAGAGCUCAUUAAUUACAGCAUAUCCUGCUCUUUUGAAGAAAAUACCAAACUGUUGCCUGUAGUAAUAGAUAGUGGAGCAAUGGAAGAAGGACUUAACAAAAGGACUUUUCAGCCUGUGUUUGUGUUGGCGUCUAUGGUACUUAGUGUUAAGUGGGAUGUUAUUGCAAAGGGGCAGGGUGCCCUCUGCUGGAAUUCUCGCCAUUAUUCUUUCAGCCAGCUAAUUUGACUAGGGUCACCAUUUCCUCAACAACUAGUAGUGAUUUGCCUUUCAUCGUACAGUUUCCUCAGUAGUUGAGAAUUUGGUCCACAUUUGUCAAAAGAGGAAGGAAUGUCACAAACUCUGAAAAGUUGGAGGAGGAUCCCAUGGAAAAUCUGUCAGCAGCCCCUUCCUUCUGCAGAAUGUUGAAAGAGUAUUGUUUGCUCUGUUUGCAAAGAAGAUGCCUCUGGCUGGAAUGUUUGUGCAGAGUUAUAAGGCAAGGGCCUAACUGUUUUGUAACAUUAUCUCAACUUUUUUCUUGUCAGAUUGCAAAGGAAGAUCAAUAAACAGACUUCUUUCAUAUGAAUGUAAAUGGUGUGAAAUACUCACGUGUUUUGUACAUGUACAUAAUAAUAUAUUUACUUCCUGCUUUCACAUUAGUAAUCUGAAAUGGUUGUACCAUUUUAUAAUUAGAAAGAGAUGUAGGGUUGGGGGAGGGAAGGGAGGGUUGUUAUUUUUAUAGUGGGAUGUCCCUUAUAUUUAGAAAAUGAAGUAAUUUUGUACUUGUGAAAAGUUACAUUCCAUUCAUUUCCUGAAAAACUAAUGGGUGUUGUUCUUUCAAAUGUUCAUGAGCUGGGAGUAGGAUUAUUCUAGUUCCCAGGGGAGCCUCCCAAGCAGUAUAUAUGUGACACUGACUUUGUGGACUGCAGAUCAUGACCAGCAAUAGCCAGCUCACUAAUGUGAAAAAAAAAAAACAAAAAAAACAACUUAUUUAAACCUCUUUGUAUAGAGCAUAUUAUUAUUUCCACUGGGGGGGGGGGGAAAUGUCUCCUACAAAGAAUGAAUCUUCCAUUCAGAAAUAGUCCAGACAUGGCAUCAUCAAUCAAUCUCUAGUCCCUCCCUACUAGCAACAAAAAAAAAUCCAGUGGAUUUCUUUUUCCACUCCUGAACACAAAUUAUGUGCUUUCGUUGUAAAACGAAUGAUGUCACCGGUAGAAUUUUACUUAGCAUCCCCUCGAGGUCUUUCUGGCCAGUCUGCAACUCCCACACAUAAUGAUCCCUGACCCAUCCUCUCCACAUUCAGAUGAGACUGAGCUUCCUUGAUUUUUUUGCCACAUGACUCAAAAUCACCAAAGUUAUUCCUCAUGGCAUUUGCAUGAGUAACUUUUUAUUUGGACUUUGGUUAGCUCUUAAUUGCUAAAAAAAUUUAGUAGUGAAUUAUGUAGCUGUUUUACCCAAACAUCAUCUUCUAUACAAAGUCACAGGCGUAUUUAAAUGAUUAGUUAAGGCAGUGUAGUUAUUAGUUUUUGUUUUGUUUUCUGUAUAAAUCUCUUUCUCUUUCCCUCUUCCCCACCUCAGGCACCUACCUUACUCCUUCUAAAGCACUUUAUAUAUCUCUUGAAAUACACGGAAGUUUUAAAAAACUGUCUUUAAAGGGAUUUGUCUUCUAUUAGGAGACAUGACUUUUAUCUUGCUUUAUUGUAUUCUCUUUGUGCUUGGAAAGCAUAAGCUGUUUGUCUCAUGUGGGCUAGUGAUGAAAUAUUAAGGAUAAUAAUUGGAAACAUUCAAUCAUACAACAUGGCUAUUUUUGUUAUAUAGAAGACUAUCGUGUAAAUAAGUGCAAUCGUGUUCUCAUGUACUGGUUCAAAAAAAAAUGCAACUAUGAAGAUUUGAAAAGGAUUGUGAAUUCCAGGAAAUUUCAUUGCAGAAUUUCGUUUGGUUUUGUUUUUUAAUAAAUUGGAACCAGA